GAAGUACGUCACAGCGCGCGGCUUUUUGGAAAUGGGAGCCGAGACCUAGAACUUGGGGUGACUCUGGACGAGAUGGAUCGGUACCUGCUGCUGGUGGUCUGGGGGGACGGAAAGGCUUCCGCGACCACCAGUGGGGACGCCGAGCCCGCGGUGGCGGCUGGGGAGACGGAGAAGCCGCCCGACUUCACAGCAACAGGUGUUUAUCAGCUCCUGAAAAGAAGCAUUGGUGCGUCAAUUCACCCACAAGACAGCGCUUUCCCUGCCUGUUCCAUUGGCGGUGGACCCGGAUCCAGGAAGUGGUUCUUUGCAGUGCAGGCAAUAUGUGGAUUUGAGCAGUUUUGCAGUUCUGAUUGGCAAGAGGUACAUUUUGAUGCAGAGAAAGAUGAAAUUGAGGACGCCCUCCAAGCAAGCCUGGGAGAAUGUCUGAGCACUGCUGAGUUUGCGGAGGAGGAAGACAGUAACAGCAGGGAGUCCCUGUCCUUGGCUGAUCUCUAUGAAGAAUCUGCAGAAAAUUUGCAUCAGUUAUCGGACAAGCUUCCUGCUCCUGGUAGAGCAAUGAUAGAUGUAAUACUGUUGCCUUCUGACAAAGAUCCUCCAAAAGUGAAAGACUGCUUACCCGCCGUAGGAGCUUUGAAACAUUUCAGAGAAUGGCAUUCUGCAAAAAUUACUGUAGCCGGAAAUCACUGUGAAGUAAACUGUCAGAAAAUUGCAGAAUACCUUUCCGCUAAUAUUGUACCUUUAGAAGAUCUCAGAAAUGCUAUUGACUCAAAGGAAUUGUGGAGGGGAAGGAUUCAGAUAUGGGAAAGAAAGUUUGGAUGUGCAGUUAGUUUUCCUGAAUUUUGUUUAACUGGAGUCACACCUAAGAACUUUAGUAUACAUAAUUUAGAUACUUGCUUAUUUGCCCCAAAAAGAGUGACAUCAAAGGAUAAGGAUCUUUUGCCAAAGGUUUUUCAUUAUUAUGGCCCUGCUUUAGAAUUUGUGCAGAUGAUAAAAUUAUCAGAUCUACCUUCCUGCUACUUAUCGGACAUUGAAUUUGAGCUAGGGUUGACAAAGAAUAGUACCAGGCAGAAUUCCAUGUUGCUGUUGCAGCAGCUCUCCUCCCUGCGUGGCAAGGUGGGUGCUCUGUUUGUGUUGCCAUGUACUGUGAGUAACGUAUUUAUCCCACCUCCCAACCAACUCAGUUCAAGAAAAUGGAAAGAAUACAUAGCUAAAAAACCUAAGACCAUCAGUGUUCCAGAUGUUGAAGUGAAAGGGGAAUUUUCGAGCUAUUAUCUCUUGAUACAGGGUGAUGGCAAUACAAGAUGUAAAGCCACACUGAUACACUCAGCCAGUCAGAUCAGUGGCUCAUUUGCGCUCAGCUUAAUUCAUGGGAAGAUGCAGAGCAAGAGAGAAGAAGCCAAACCGAAUUUUCCUUUUGAUUUAUUACCACUUCCACAUUUUUCUGGGGACCAGAUCAUACAAAGAGAAAAACAGUUAGCUAGUGUUCAAGCUUUGGUCUUUAAAGAAUACCUGAAAAGAAGAAAGUUGGCAAAUCUGCCUGAAGCGGUUUCUGCUGAUGAACUCAGAAGUCUGUUAAUACUGACAAGAGAACGCUUUUUAGCUCGUUUUGAUGCUGUUAUCCCUAAAACAGUUUUAGGACAGAUUGACAAAAUUAAAACCUCCAAUAUGUUGAAUGAAGCUGGUCUAGAGGAAGCCGACUCCUCGAAUCUGACUGAAGCCAAUCCUCUGGAAUGGCCAGAGAGACAGGUUCUGCAGAACCUGGAAACCUUAGAAAAAGCUAAACAAAAAAUGAGAACAAGCUCUUUGCCCUGUUCAUCUGAACAGUUGCUAGGCCACAAAGAGGUUCCACGGGAUUCGAUCACAUUGUUGGAUGCUAAAGAAUUGCUGAAGCAUUUUACUUCAGAUGGUUUGCCAGUGGGAGAACUUCAGCCUUUACAGACUCAGAAGGGGGAGAAGACUUUCAUCUUAACACCAGAACUUAGUCCUAGGAAACUGCAGGCCUUGCCAUUUGAAAAAGCCUCAGCAUGUCAUUAUCAUGGAAUUGAAUAUUGCUUGGAUGACCGAAAAGCUUUAGAGAGAGAUGGAGGAUUUUCGGAACUUCAGUCUCGUCUUAUUCGUUACGAGACUCAAACGACCUGCACCCGGGAAAGCUUGCCAGUGCCUGCUGUGCUGAGCCCCCUUCCGUCUCCUGCCGUGCUGUCGGAGUCUGGAAGUGUCCCUGAUGGAGAAGCCUUGCAAAGUGAGCUUCGAACUGAAGCCUCCCGACUGAAGCGGAGAUCUAAGGAUCUGAACUGCCUUCCCGCCCCCAAAAGACUCAUGAAAUGUGAGAGUUCAGAUCCCCUCCGCGCCCAGACAAGUGGCGGUAGCAAUCAUCAUCCCCACGUGCUCCCAUCUGGAAAGCCACGAGCUACGCGGGCCUUAACAGCGACUUAUCCGUUGGUUCCAGUUCCUGGCUGUGAAAUUCCAAAAGUCACUACAAAGGCCAGUUCUGAUCCAAAAAGUGUGCGUGAAUCCAAAUCAUCAAGACAAAAUAAGGAAUCAAGAUCACAGAAACACACAAGGAUACUGAAAGAAGUGGUUACUGAAACUUUGAAGAAGCACAGUAUCACCGAGGCUCAUGAAUGUUUCCCUGCGUGCAGCCAGCGCCUCUUUGAAAUCUCUAAAUUCUACCUAAAGGAUCUUAAAACCUCAAGGGGUUUACUUGAAGAAAUGAAGAAAACUGCAAACAACAAUGCUGUUCAGGUAAUUCAGUGGGUGUUGGAAAAGACAAGCAAGAAAUGAGACAGAAGCACUGUUUUUAGGAC